GAAGAAAGAGAGAGAAUGAGCAGCAACGCCGGAAACGGAAAGGCGGUGUGCGUCACUGGUGCUUCUGGUUACAUUGCUUCGUGGCUCGUCAAGCUUCUUCUUCUUCGUGGUUACACUGUCAGGGCCACUGUUCGUGAUCCUAAUGACCCCAAGAAGGUUGAUCACUUGCUUAAACUUGAAGGAGCAAAGGAGAGAUUACAGCUUUUUAAAGCAGAUCUGUUGGAAGAGAGUUCCUUUGACUCUGCUGUUGAGGGCUGCGAGGGUGUCUUCCAUACUGCUUCUCCUUGUAAUUUCAAUGUCAACGACCCACAGAUUGAACUCAUUGACCCAGCAGUCAAGGGGACUCUGAAUGUUCUUAAAUCUUGUGCAAAAUCAACAUCGCUGAAACGAGUUAUUCUAACGUCUUCCAUGGCUGCAGUUUUAUAUAGUGGAAAGCCCAUAGCUCCUGAUGUUGUAGUUGAUGAGACGUGGUUUUCGAAAGAAGAAUUUUGUAAAGCAUCUGAGCUCUGGACAUCGUAUGAACUCUCCAAAACUUUGGCUGAAGAUGCUGCCUGGAAAUUCGUAAGAGAAAACAAUAUUGACAUGGUUGUUAUCAACCCAGGAGUAGUGCUAGGGCCACUCUUGCAACCAUCAUUAAACCAAACUUCUGCUAUAAUUUUAACUCUAUUAAAUGGUGCACAAAUGCUUUCGAAUGCUUGUGUAGGAUGGAUCCAUGUGAAAGAUGUUGUGAAUGCUCAUAUUCAAGCAUUUGAGAUUUCUUCAGCUAGUGGAAGAUAUUGUCUGGCCGAGAGCGUAGCUCACUUUUCAGACAUUGUGAAGAUCACUCAUGAGCUAUUCCCAGCAUUACCACUUACAGAAAAGCUUGUUGAAGGUGAGCCGUUGGUACCACAGUUUCAGGUUUCCAAAGAAAAGGCAAUGACCUUGGGAAUUGAGUUUAUUCCACUGGACGUGUCUGUUAAAGAGACUGUAGAAAGUUUGAAAGAGAAGAAGUUUCUCAACCUGUAAAUCAUGAUAUCUCCUCUGGUCUUAUAAACUGCAUAUGCUUUGUAAUAUGCCUAAUAAUGCUGCGCUUGAGAAGACAGAAUUGUGAUACAAGUCAUGUAGUUAGGACCUAGUUGGGAAAAAGUUGAAUUUGGGCACAUAAGACCGAUAUUGGGACAACUUUGGCUAAUAAUGAAACACUUUACUGUGUAAAGUAGAGAGACAGAAUUUGAGAAAAUUGGAUCUUAUAUUGCAGUAGUGUGAACCAACUCCUUUCUUGCAUCUCUUUAUGCUUGAAGUACUUCAAGAAAAUGCAAAUUUCAUCAUUUGAUGUUUAGA